ACCAUGAACUCAACCCGGUUUUCACAUUUCAGACUUACAGCCUACUCUGACACCGGUCCGCUCAGGCACCUUUACUUCUUCAUGCUGCUGCUCUUGUAUGUGUUCAUCAUGUUCUCCAACCUGCUGCUGAUCCUGGUGAUCUGUGUGAACAGAACCCUUCAUGAACCCAUGUACCUGUUCCUGGUCAGCCUGUUUGUCAACGAGCUGUACGGCAGCAGCGGCCUGUUCCCGCUGCUCCUGGUUCAGGUCCUGUCGGACUCUCACAUUGUGUCGGCGCCGCUCUGCCUCCUGCAGAUCUUCGUCAUCUACUCUUACGGAGGUGUGGAGUAUUUCAACUUAGCUGUCAUGUCUUACGACCGAUAUCUGGCCAUCUGCUGUCCUUUACAUUACAACACAGGGAUGACGUGUCGAAAGAUCGCCGUGCUGAUCGCCGUCACCUGGCUGUAUCCUUUGCUCGCUUGUGUUGUGAUUGUGUAUUUGAGCUCAUCUCUGACGCUCUGUGGGAAUGACAUUCCCAAAGUCUACUGUGAUAACUACUAUGUGGUCAAGCUGGCCUGUUCGAACAUCACCGCCAUCAAUAUCUUUGAGCUCUUUGCCAUUUUCUUCACCAUCUGUGCUCCAUUGUGUGGGAUCUUAUUCACGUACUUGAAGAUCAUCAGAGUGUGUUUCUCGGGAUCGAAGGAGACGAGGCAGAAAGCUGUCAGGACGUGCACACCUCAGCUGGCCUCACUCAUCAACUUUACAUUUGGAUCGUCCUUUCAGACAGUGCAGAGCAGAUUUAACAUGAAGAGCGUAUCGAGCGCAUUGCAGAUCUUUUUGUCGUUGUACACGCUCACAUGCCAGCCUCUCUUUAACCCUUCGAUGUACGGCUUGAAUCUGUCCAAAAUCCGUCAUGUGUGUAAGAAGCUGCUCUUUCCCUAA